AGAAGAAGAAGAAGAAGAAGAAGAAGAAGAAGAGACCCAGCCCCUCUCUAGACCAGCACACAGACUCGUCCGGGUUUCCACCCCUUUAGCCGAUUAUUUUGAGAGCAAGAUAGCGACGGACUUAAUCGGGGAAGGCUCCUCUCCCUUUUCCACACAAGUUAUAAAAUGCUUUAUCAGUGCGGGUUGUUAAUGUUACAGUUUAACGCAGGUUUGUUUUCCACCUCCACGGACCACGGUUAUUUCCUGGUGCCACAGAGAGAGGCAGUGCUGAGUUAAAGAGACAGAAAUACUGAUAGAAAUUCAGAUAGAAAAAAAAUACUGAGAGAAGAGAGGGGUUGGAGACGCGAUAGGAACAGUUGACUGGAUUCUCAGGAAUUGAAAACCCUCUCUCUCCUUAUUUAUAUGUAUUUUUGAUAUAUCUCUGUGGAUCCGAGUCGUUAUUCCUCGUUGGUUCGUGAACUAACAAACGGGUUGGAUGACGGUUGGCUGCGGCUAAAGCGGAAUUGCAUCGGGGAAACGUAUUCCUCCCUCCGACGGAGAAGCCUCGCAGAGAUUUUUUUAAUAUUUUCCCCUUUUUUAUUUUACAGAAGACUCACUGCUGUGUGGUUUUUCAACCACAACAUCAUCCCGGGUGUUAUUUUAUAUAUUUUUGUACGAUUCCACAAGGAAGGGUUAGGGCGACGGAAGAUGGGUUGUUUGGGCAACAGCAAGACUGAAGAUCAACGCAUCGACGAAAAGGCACAACGAGAGGCGAAUAAAAAGAUAGAAAAACAGUUGCAAAAGGAACGACAAGCGUACAAAGCCACACACAGGCUCUUAUUGCUGGGUGCGGGAGAGUCCGGAAAAAGCACCAUUGUGAAGCAGAUGAGGAUUCUACACGUCAACGGCUUCAACGCGGAAGAAAAGAAACAGAAAAUCCAAGAUAUUCGAAAAAACGUGAAGGAUGCCAUAGUGACUAUAGUGUCUGCGAUGAGCACUUUAAUACCUCCAGUCCCGCUAGCCAACCCAGAGGACCAAUUCAGAAUCGAAUACAUCAAUAGCAUAGCACUUCUCUCUGACUUUGACUACUCACAGGAGUUCUUUGAUCACGCAAAGAAGCUGUGGGACGAUGAAGGAGUGAAGGCGUGCUGCGAGAGGUCCAAUGAGUACCAGCUCAUCGACUGUGCACAAUAUUUCCUGGACAGAAUUGACUCUGUAAAACAGAACGAAUACACACCAACAGACCAGGACCUGCUACGCUGCCGAGUGUUAACUUCAGGGAUUUUCGAGACGAGGUUCCAAGUAGACAAAGUGAACUUUCACAUGUUUGAUGUUGGAGGCCAGAGAGAUGAAAGGAGAAAAUGGAUCCAGUGCUUUAACGACGUCACUGCUAUCAUCUUCGUGGUGGCCAGCAGCAGCUACAACAUGGUAAUAAGGGAAGACAAUAACACCAACAGGCUACGGGAAGCCCUGGAACUCUUCCGCAGUAUUUGGAACAACAGAUGGUUACGCACUAUAUCGGUCAUAUUAUUCCUGAACAAGCAGGACAUGCUGGCUGAGAAAGUAUUAGCUGGAAAAUCCAAAAUUGAAGACUACUUCCCCGAAUAUUUUCGCUACACCAUACCAAAUGAAGCAACUCCUGAACCUGGUGAAGACCCGAGAGUGACGAGAGCCAAGUUCUUCAUCCGAGACGAGUUUCUUCGGAUCAGCACUGCGAGUGGCGACGGCAGACAUUACUGCUACCCCCACUUCACCUGCGCCGUGGACACAGAGAACAUCCGGCGGGUGUUCAACGACUGCCGGGACAUCAUCCAGAGAAUGCACCUGCGGCAGUACGAACUCUUGUGAUGGGAGACCGCCUCCGUCAGCCUUCUGUGUUUUUCUCCAUCAUUCUGCAUCCUUGACGAACCCUUCCUUCUCUUCCUCCUCUUCCUUCAUCCUUCCUCCUCACCCCUUCUCCCCAAGAGAAACCAUCAACAGCCCCCUGACCACCCCUCCUGUCGAGGACUAUGAAGUACUACUGAAGUGUCAAAUCCUCUUCCUCUUCUUAACUUCUUAGCAUUUUGUACUUCUUUUUUUCCGUUUUUUUUCUUCUCUCCCUCUCUCUGAGACCGAUUCAUCCCCAUUUCACCGAUUGUGAGAGGAAGGUUGGGGAACAAAGUUCUUGCGUGCCGCUUCUUGUUACUUGGUUUUCUUUUAAUCCUUCCUUUUGAAUGCCUUGAUUUUUUUUUUGUCAUUCCACUAAGCCUUGGGCUACCUCCUUUUUUUGCCCCUUUGUGUCCUUCAGUUUUUUUGGCUUUAUCAUUGGACCUGGACUGGUGGGUGUGGAUACAUAAAACACACCUACAGGACCUCAGUGUAGAGGCAGUGUGUGUGUGCGGGUGUGUGCGGGUGUGUGCGUGUACGCAUGCGUGUGAUGAAGAGAAGGAAUGCCGUGUGUGUGUGCGUGUGUGUUUGUGUGUCACCUGCCGCUUAAAGCUGGCAUCGCCACCAUGACCUUUGCCCCUUUUUUUUUGCCCCGUCACCCCCUCUGCCCCGCUUCUUCUCUCCGCGUGGGAGACGACUGGACGACACCGGAGAGCGACGCGAGUGGACGGAGGGGAACCGAGUGGAUGGAGAGAUAAAUGCACUUUGCAUCAGGUUCCUUAAUAACUUUUUUGUUGUUGUUUUUUCUCCAGAGGAAGCAUACACACAAUGUAGCAUCACAAUAUUUAUGACCCUGUCACGAUGUUAGCUUGCCGAGCUGCAGGGUGCGCCGAGAGACAUGCGGAGCGAAAGAUUAAAGUGGGAGUGGGGCAUGAAAUACGACGACACGAAGAAGGAUUUAAAUGAAGGAAAAGGGACUGAGCUCUCUGCACCUUAGCCCUGCUGCCUCCACGGACUCGGACCUGCCUCCUCUUUCCACACAAACCAUCCUUUUAGCUUAGAAAUACCCAUGGGGGGGAGGGUGGUGGGGGGAUGGGAGAGAAAAAUGUAUUGUUCUCUUUUCUUUUCUUUUUUUUGGGUUAACUUGUACACUGUGCAAGGUUGAAUUAUCCUGUACAGACUGUAAAAUGUAAUAUUAUUUUGUACAACUUAAUUGAAAGAAAAACAAAUCUACUUGUAGAUCUUUGUGCCUUGAUUAUGGCUGUACCUGUAAAUGAGCUCAGAUGUAAGUAUGUUUUCGACUGCGCUGUACAGCUUGAUGUCAAUCUCUAUCAGCAGCGGAAGACUGCGGGUAGGGGACUUUCUCUGUAGAGUUUAGUUUUUUCUGGUUUAUAAAAAAAAGGAAAUGCUGUUUAGUAAAAAAUAAAAAAUAGGGGGAAAAAAUCCUGAACCUGUAUACAUUAUGCAAAUUAACCACUUACCUGCAGUGAAGACCAGAUGUUGCAGCGCCAUGCCUUUUCUUUUGUUUUUUUUCUUCUUUUGUUUUUAUUUUUCCUCCUUUUUAUUUUGAUUUCUUUUGAAUUUCACAGCUUUAAACAAACAUUGGAAAUCCAUUGAAAGUGUCCAAAUUGCAACCUGGUGUUGUUUUAAUAGGAACCAACGUUUUUUCGAUAUGAAGUGUGUCUGAGAUCUGUACUGAUGUGCGUGCCUGUGCGCAUGUGUACAUAAAACAAACAUAGACUCACAGACGCAUUGUGUGUAUGUGAGGGCGAGUGUGCGUUGUGUGUAAAAUUUUAUAAAUGUAUGUACAUGUAAAUUUAUAAGUCUAUAUAAAUAUAUAUGUACAAUUAUACAUGUUUAAUUAUGUGUGUGCCUAGGUGUACAUACCUAUGUAUGUAUACGGUAAAUAUGUAUACAUACACACAUAGGAAAGCAUGUUUAGAAUGGAGAUGAAUAAAUGAGAGCGUGCAAUAUUAGUAAUUCUUUGGUCCUUUGGAGCCAUACCCAAUGGCACAGGCACUAUGAAUGUGUGGGCAGCACCCAACAAGACAAGCUCUUCUCCUUGUACAAACAGCAUCAGCCUUUUCUUCUGCUACAGUACACGUCUAUCCCCAAACGAGAGUGAACUGACUGGAGGUGCAAAAACCUUGUUUGGCCUGGGAGGAUGAUUAAAUGACAUUUUUAUUUUUCUUUAAAUAAAAAGGCACAUUAGAGGA